AUGGGAGCAACUCUCAAUGGAAUACAAGCAUUUGUGAGCCGUCUCGUUGUGAUGAGUGCCCGCCGCGCCCCCUUCUCCUGCACCCAUUUCCUUCCAAUCUUGCCAUUUUUUCUCUCCAUCUUCCUGCUGCCAUCAUCGCGCCACGUUCACUCCUCCGCUUCCUUACACACUCUACUCGUCUUUCAACUUUUGCUGCCCUCGUCCCUUCUGCCGCCCUCUUCUCUUCUGGGAGCUGCCAAGGAGCAGAGGCAACGCAAGAGAAGAGAGGCAGCCGGGACUUCAGCCCCUGACCUCAAACCUGACCUCAAACCUGACCUCAAACCUGACCUCAAACCUGACCUCAAACCUGACUUCAAACCUCACCCUCACCUCAAACCUGACUUCAAACCUGACAUCAAACCUGACCUCAAACCUGACUUCAAACCUGACCUCAAACCUGACCUCAAACCUGACAUCAAACCUGACGUCAAACCUGACGUCAAACCUGACGCCAAACCUGACCUCAAACCUGACUUCAAACCUGACCUCAAACCUGACCUCAAACCUGACCUCAAACCUGACCUCAAACCUGACCUCAAACCUGACUUCAAACCUGACGUGAAACCUGACCUCAAACCUGACGUCAAACCUGACGUCAAACCUGACAUCAAACCUGACGUCAAACCUGACGUCAAACCUGAUGUCAAACCAGACCUCAAACCUGACCUCAAACCUGACCUCAAACCUGACCUCAAACCUGACCUCAAACCUGACGUCAAUCCUCACCUCAAACCUGACGUCAAACCUGACAUCAAACCUUACCUCAAACCUGACUUCAAACCUGACCUCAAACCUGACCUCAAACCUGACGUCCAACCUGACGUCAAACCUGACGUCAAACCUGACCUCAAACCUGACCUCAAACCUGACCUCAAACCUGACCUCAAACCUGACCUCAAACCUGACGUCAAACCUGACGUCAAACCUGACAUCAAACCUGACAUCAAACCUGACGUCAAACCUGAUGUCAAACCUGACCUCAAACCUGACCUCAAACCUGACCUCAAACCUGACGUCAAACCUGACGUCAAACCUGACCUCAAACCUGAUCUCAAACCUUACCUCAAACCUGACCGCAAACCUUACCUCAAACCGGACCUCAAACCUGACCUCAAACUUGACCUCAAACUUUGCGUCAAACCUGACCUCAAACCUGACGACAAACCUGAUGUAAAACCUGGCGUCAACCCUGACUCAAACCUGACCUUUAACCUGACCUCAAACCUGACGUCAAAGAUGACAUCAGACCUGACCUCAAACCUGAUGCCUGACGUCAAACCUGACGUCAAACCUGAUGUCAAACCUGAUGUCAAACCUGACCUCAAACCUGACAUCAAACCUGACGUCAAACCUGACCUCAAACCUGACCUCAAACCUGACCUCAAACCUGACCUCAAACCUGACCUCAAACCUGACCUCAAACCUGACCUCAAACCUGACCUCAAACCUGACCUCAAACCUGAUGUCAAGCCUCACCUUAAACCUGACGUCAAACCUGACAUCAAACCUGACCUCAAACCUUACCUCAAACCUGACUUCAAACCUGACCUCAAACCUGACCUCAAACCUUACCUCAAACCUGACCGCAAACCUUACCUCAAACCUGACCUCAAACCUUACCUCAAACCUGACCUCAAACCUGAUUCAAACCUGACCUCAAACCUACCCUCAAACCUGACCUCAAACCUGACGUCAAACCUGACGUCAAACCUGACGACGAACCUGACCUCAAACCUGACCUAA